AUGGACUGCGCAGUCUGCUCCAACCUAGGCGCGGAGGAGAUCAAGGACCAGAAGCUCAGCGCGAACCAGCGCAUGGCCAAGUUCAUCCAGCUUCACGACCUCAAGCGAUCCGCGAAAAGGGCAUCAUGCCAGCCGUGCCGGCUCCUCUGGGCUGUGUUGUGUCUGCGGAAGGACAUCGAUGAGACGUCAGGUGAGGAGGUAUCCGGCCUGCUGCAGAUGCGCUUCGCACCGGGCACCCCGCUCCAGCUUUCUGUGUCCGGCUGGGGACAAGAGAACAUUGCUCUGGAGCUCUUCUCGCGGCGAGAGGACCAUGGCCUAUGCCACCCGACAAUCGGCCCGGCCCAGGAAGUCGAGAGCCACUCAUCCUCCCCCGCCAGUCUCACACUCGCUUCAACAUGGCUCCAGGACUGCCUCGAAAGCCACCCGUCCUGCAGACAAGCAGCAACAGCCUCACAACUUCCGACCCGGGUAAUCGACGUCGGCACCGCAGGCCUCCGUGAGCCACAUCUCGUCGAGUCCCGCGGAGCCUCCGGCGCAUAUGCGGCGUUGAGCUACUGCUGGGGCGACCCGGCAGCUCACCCAGCCUUCAAGACGACCCGUCUCAACUUGGGCGCCCAUCAAGAGGCCAUACCGUGCGACAGCAUGCCCCCGACGCUGCGAGACGCCGUCGCAAUCACCCGGAACCUCGGGCUGCGGUACCUGUGGAUCGACGCCCUCUGCAUCAUCCAAGGCGACGCCGAAGACUGGGCCCGGGAGGCCGGCCGGAUGUGCGAGGUCUACUCCAACGCGACGGUGACGAUAUCCGUGGACCACGCAGACGGGAGCUCCGUCGGCGUCUUCGCACCCCAGGCGUUUGGCGUCCCGCCGCAGCGUCUGGAUGAGCUCGGCGGCGGCGCGCAGCCAGUCUAUGUCCGGGAUGAGCUGAAGAGGAAGCACAACGACAUCACCGUCCUCCUCCGGACGAUCGAGGCGGAGGGCGCGCACGGGGAACCCAUCAAUAAGCGCGCGUGGACCCUCCAGGAGGCCAUCCUGUCCAACAGGACGCUCCACUACACAACCAACGAGCUCGUCUGGGAGUGCAACACGCUCCGCUCCUGCGCCUGCCGCCGCGACCAGCCCGUCGAGCUGGACGAGGAGUCCGUCCGGUGUUUCCGCUCGCCGGGGCUGUUUCGGACGCUGUCGUCGGCGGGGAGGGCGUACCUUCAGUGGCGGCAGGUCGUGCAGUUGUUCUCGGAGCGGUCCAUCAGCUUCGACGCGGACCGUCUGCCGGCCUUGUCUGGGAUGGCGAAGCAGUUUCGGAUGAUGCACGAGGAGGUGUAUGGAAAACAAGGACAACAACACCAGCAGCAGCAGCAGCAGCAGCAGCAACGAAGCCGGUAUAUUGCCGGCUUAUGGGAGGGAGAUUUCGCGACGCAACUGCUCUGGACUGCGGACGACGAUUACUGGCGGAACCCGGAGACCGUCUCGCGACGGCCUGGAAAGUGGAGGGCGCCGAGCUGGAGCUGGGCGGCCAUCGAAGGGCCCAUCAUGUUCCACCCAAUGUCGCACUUCAAAGGUGACUUGGAGGUGUUGGAUGUCCAGGUAGAGCCUCUAAUGGCGGAGGACAUUUACGGCCAAGUCUGCGAGGACGCCAAGAUCGUGGUUCGAGGGGCCGUAGUACACGGCCUCAAGAUCACAACAACGCAGAUACAGAACGGGGAUUCAAUGAUGGGGUUCACGGAAGGCGUCCGGUAUGACCUCGUAGAUGCGGAGGCGAAUCGAUACACCAUGAUCUGCGACUAUGCAGGCUCGGUUGCCCGGGGUGAACGAUACUCUUGCCUGUUGGUGGGAAAGACGUGGAAUAAGGGCGAUGCUCAUCCGUAUCACGGCUUCAUCGUUCUCCAGAGGGUAGAACCUGCAACUGACAUGUUCAGGCGGGUUGGCGUCUCGUUUCGAGCUGGGGCUUUGAAAGACACGAACGAGGUGAAGUUGUUCGAUGGCGCAGCGCGCGAGGUUAUCACCCUCAUCUAA